CUGGGUGUACUGCCGACCCUUAAUCUGUGUCUUAGAUAAGAUAAACUACGAAUACAAAACUGCGUUUUAUUGCCAUAAAGGAAGGAAGGAAGAAGAAGAAGAAGAGAUAUAAUUCUUUGACUUAGAAACGCUUUCUAAAAAAAUUGAAAAAGAUUAAAAAAAUAUGAAAAAAAGUAGCAGGAAAAUAAGAUAAGUUUAGUCUCAUGCAUUAUAUAAACAAAAGAAAGAUGUCGGAACAAGGAGCAAUAUUGGAAUUAAAUAAAUGCAUUUUAUCUCGAUUGUGGUAUACAUCUCUAAAUGUUCUUCAAAUAAACAAUGACAAUAAUGCAUCGAAAGAAUUUUAUCACAAUUGUUGCAUUGACUUGACAGAACUGAAAGCUGUCAUUGAAAACUUGAUACUUUCUUCCAAAGAAGAGCAACAGCAAUGGACCGCUCAUAUAUUACUAUCGAAGAUCAUGGAUGAUAAGUCAUCUAGUAUCAAUUGUGAUAUACAGCGUAAUAUUCAAGUACAAUCUAAUUAUAUGCAAGUAAAAAAUGCCAUAGAACUGUGCGACAAUAUAUCAGAUGAUCUAUUUAAGGAAUUCACAAUACUUUUCCAGGAUACAAAUGUAGAGUAUAAUGUAAAAGAAUUUUCAAACGCGAUAUCCAAACGGAUUUUUAUAUUCUUGGAGGAAAAUAUGCAUUCUAAUCCAAGAAUUGCAUAUUGGAUUAUGAAGAAAUUAAUAUCCAUAGUUCUGUUAACAGGCAAUAUUGUCAGCAAUUUAAAAGAUAUUUAUUUUUGUACAUUGAAAUCAUGCCUAGAACACAUUCCGGUCAGAAAAAAUUGGUAUUCAAGUGAGAUAGGUGAAUCUUGUUCUCUGGAAACUGGAAUUGAUUUAGCUGAUUGUAACAAUUUCUUAAAAAUUAUUUUGUGCUUAUUAUCAAAAAUGGAUUUAGAUGUAAACAUAGAAAUUGAGUUUUUGAGAACAGUUUAUCCUGUGCUUUCAAAGGCAUAUCAUGUUAAAGAUAUUGAGCUUGCACUAUAUUCGAAGGAGAAUGAAAGAUUGUUCAAAGAGUGGCUUUUACUUUGGAAUGAAACACAUGCAUGUUUAGAAAGUGCCAUUACUUUAUCUACAGCAUACAAAAUCAGUAAAAGUAUAUUUAAAUUUACAGAAAAUUUUAAAAUACUUUUGUGCCAACAAGAAUUACUUAAAAGAUUGAGUGCAAGAAAGUUGCAUUGGCUAACUGAUAUUUUGGAUAUAUGUUAUAUUUUAACUCUAAACAGAAAAUAUAAAGAAGUCAAAUUGUUGCUUUCGUGUGAUUUACUGAAGAAAUUUUAUCCAAUUUUGUUAUUGAAAGUAUUAAAUGAUUCUCCGCAAGAAGAAAUUAAUUCACUUGAAAGUUUCAACAAUGGUAUUUUUUACUGUGAGUCCAUCGAAUUUCUUUUAGAAAAGUGUUACUACGAUUUACACAGUGAUUAUGAUUUAAAUCAGUUGUAUAUCAUCCUAAAAGACUGUAUUAAAAUUGUGAAAUAUGUUUUACAUUGGAGAAGAGAACAUUUCAUAAGAACGAGAUGUAAUGUCAAGGAACUGAAGAGUUCACAGUCCGAUAUAAUCGAACACAUGAUAUCUGUGAGGCAGAUUUUCGCUCUUCUACAAAAGCACAAUGUGCUUUCCGUCCUGAGAACAACAACGAAUAUACACGAUCAGGAUCACGAGGCGAUCAGGAAUUUGCUGAAGAAAUCUGGCAGUUUGCAAUCUAAUUUACAAUUUGAAACCUUUCAAGCAUAUUGUUGCAUAAUCAGUGCCUUGAAGUCCAUUUUGUUAUCUGAAUUUUAUAACAUGCAACACAAACAGAUUGCUGGAUACCUCAGCGACAUGACGUCACACUUGUCCUCCUUGUAUUCUUUGUCGUUGAGGAUUCGAACAAUGGAAAAUAUAUUUUCCUUGUUAUUUCUGCGUUAUGAAAAUUUCAAUGUUGCGAAUACUAAUCCCAAAGAUGACAAUUGCGAAUUAGAAUGUGAGAAGUCAGGCUUUAUAGCUAAUAAAUAUAUUAUAAGAGACAUGCUGCAUUAUCUGUGGAGCAGUACUUUAGUUACGACACAAGAAAUCAAUCAGCUGGGAAAACAUGAAUUGCUGCGUGAAGAGACGUAUUUAGUACAACUUCGCAGAGAUAUAUCCACCCUCACGUCAAUGUUGACAGAUGCCAGAUGGAAAUUGGAAUUUUAUACGAGAUCUCAUUUUAUAGCAAAUGUUGAGGUUUCACAGGAUGAAUCUGACAGUUCUACUAUUACAAAUAAAUCAGAACACGUAAUGUCUGAAAAAUCAAGUUUUCCACACUGUGUUAAAGAAGACACGUUCUUUUAUAAAGAGAAUAGCACGUCGGAUGAGACUAAAAUUAAAUCUGAUAGCAGUUCAGAAUCUGGCAAUGCUAAACGCAGAAAACGUUCCAGACUUGCUACUGCAACGGCAGAUUUUUUAGCAACAAAGGAGAGACCGUCCUUCGUAAAUUUAAUGCUGGCCUCGAAAGAAAACUUGAUUUUACAUUGCUUAUGGAAAAGCGAUUUUCAAAAGGCACGGGAAAUUAUUGAGAUGUUCCAUAUGGAAAAUACGCAAGUGGACGGCGAGAUUCGUUUCUUAGAAGCGUUUCACACGUUUAAGCAGAGUGUAUCUAAAUACAUUCAUAUCUUAGACACAACAGCCUUGUCUAAAGAAAGUUCAGGAACUUCCACAUUAGAGAAUAUAAGAUUGAUUACGCAAGAAGCUGUGCAAUCUUCGAAGCACAUCAAACAGCUGGAAACAUUUCUGGCAUCCCAGGAGCUCUAUUUGCGAAUGUUAAAUACGGAUAUUCUAAGCAGUAAAAUGUUAACUUUCAGCGUGCUCGACUUGAGUUUAACGAUUGGCGAGACCUAUCAGAUCUCGAGCAAUCUCUGUGACAUAGCCAUGAAAUAUUUAAAGUCGCACGAAACAUUUGACAAUUUUAUAGAAUACGCGAAUUUCUUUUUAAAGAUUUACCAUUUGUUUUACGAUAGUAAGAACAAUCUAUCCGUGACAAAUAUACUGUGUGACGCCAAAAUUCCGUUGCAUGUGAAGGAAUGGAAGGAGAGAAACGCGAUUUGGAGUGAAUUUAAGAAUAAUUAUUCCUCAUUUUGCGAUCUCGAGAGAACGGAGACGCGAUCAAACGAAGAUAAUAAUUACGUUCUGGGACUAAAGACGAUAAAAAAGAUAUCUGAUAUUUUUAAUAGCGAUCAAUUUUUUCAAAGUAUCCAUUCUUAUCUACAGCUUGUAUGCACUAUUAUUCCAGACAUCGACGACGUUAACAUAGUGACGGUGUUUGAUUUAUUGAAAACACCGUUAUAUCAUUAUUUUGGAUAUCAGAUAUUCGACUUGAAGAUAGAACCAGAUAAGCUUGAAGCAGUCGCUUCUAAUUUACAAGUGAACUUAAUAUACAGUAUUCUUGUAAAUUCAUGUCCGAAGGUUUCCUAUCAUAAUAAAAAAAAUUAUUAUAAUAAUAACAUCAAGGAUUCUGGAUGCAUCAUACUGAAUCAAAACGAGAAGAAUCGAUAUAAUGCAAAAAUCGUCACGGAGCCAAACCGAUGCAUUUCAGAGAUACUGGCGGAGCUUUUGCAAGCUCUUCAUGACGCAAGCUCGGGACAAUGUCACCUGGACAAUUCGUCCUUGAGAAAUAUUUCCGAUCAUCCGAACGUGCGGACGGCGCUGAACAGGACGUCAAGCCUUGCCGAUCUCGAUCUCAGCGAAUUGUCCGUGGGCGACGAAACGUUGACGUUCUUCAUGAACGUUUGGAAUGUCAUGUUCCUUCAUGCUAAUCUAGACGUAUGGUCGAAGAAUGAUCCUCCGCCUCUCGACGGCUUGAGACGUACCGUCUCUCUGAUGUCGAUCGGCUACAUAAUCGGUGAUUUGGGUCUGGUGACCCUCGCCUCUCUCAGAUCAAAGUUAUUGGGUAUCAAUCAAUCGGCCGAUGCCGCGAAAUUCUUCACCCCGGUCGAAGAACUCAACGAACUGGCCUGGCAGGACUUGGAUCUCGUGCAGAAUCCGAGAGUCAUCUUCGCUUUAGCUAACGAGUUCUAUGGUACACCUGAAAUUCGUAUAUACGAGGCUGAGAAGUUGGACGAAAACUUAAACGAUGCAAUGCGCGAUUAUAUCUCUCAUUACUUGCCAGCUGUGUUAUCUGAUGAUGAUGAUGAUGAUGAUGAAAGGAGACGAAAAAUCAGCUUUAUCGAUCUUGUGCAGCAACAUUAUCAAAUCAAUUUUGCGCAAAAUAUUGACAUUAGUGCCAAGAAGAUACAUGGAUUUGAAACAUUAAACGAGAAUACAAAUUAUAUUGCAUGCGAUUGUACGUACGAAGUAACACUAAAAUAUUGCAAACAUGAUAUAUCCAGGAUCAGAGUUACGAAUACCACGGAAAUGUCUCUUUGGCAAAUUCGAAAACUCAGAUCCAGCUUACUACAAUAUCUGGAACGCCAUUGCUGGCUCCUCUCUUAUCUCAUACAGAGGAUACAUAACAAAAACUCGACCAGCUUGGAGAACUACGACAACGUAGAGCGCACCGUGUGUCUGGAGAACUUUUUGAACUCUUCGUGGCUCGAUAAAUUAAAAUUAUUAUUCGGCAACAAUGCAACUCUGACCGCGAUUCACGAUGGCGUGCCACCUGUUCAUGAACUGUGGCGUCACUUCGAGCAAAGGGGAGAAGAUAACAUGACAAAUUCCUUGGAGAUCUUGGACGCUCUGGCUGACAGCGUCGUAAAGCACGAUACGGAACUGCAACGCUUCAAGGAUUUAAUUCUAAGUCACGUCCUCUCCAAUUUGGACCCUUUAGCUGUCACCAAAAUGUCCCGAUACCUGUAUCAGAUCAAUGACAUACGUACACUGGUGCGGACGACUUUGCACAACGUCAACAGGUGGCCGAUGACCAUGUGUGAGAAUGCAUUACAUCACGCGUUACAGCACGAGCACAGUUACAAGCUGCCGGCCUACUGCAAGCGUCGAAUAAACAGUAUCCUGCGUAGAAUCACAAUCUUCCAUAAGAUGAUUCCGUAUUGCGCGAGCAAUCGAUCUGGCAACAGUACCUGGUACGAUAUCGCGUACUGCACGGAAAAAAUUAGCUCUCUCGAAAUCAUCGAAUCCUUGAUCUACGCUGAUCAGUACGAUCUAGGCUUGGAGUGGCUUGAAUGUCAAGCCUUCACCUUGAAGAUGCAACCCCCCAUGAUACAAGAUUUCUUCAUAGGCCUCUUGAAGAACCAGCAGCAAGACUUUCAGCAAGCUUUAAAGUUUCUUCGAAUAUUGCCGUCGAGUCAAUCGGUGAAGAUAUGCAGAGAAAUUCUGAAAAAGCUGGAAUCCAUUAACGCAUUGCAGUUUGUCAUCAAUUAUUUGUUAGAACACUGCAGAGCGGCGGAUCGAGCUAAAUAUGAGAAGAUUUUAACGGGGCUGGAAAUUUUGAAGAUGUUGGAGAUAAAAGACAGAAUCCUGUACAUUCAUUUGAUAAAGGAACCGUUACUGAUACUGGAACAAUUAUUGAUGAAUUGUAAAAUUGAGAGUAUUCAAAAGAUUCUGAAUAUGUUACAUGGAAGUUUGCAACAUUCCAAUAUAGGUAUCGGUAAUUUUGACAAAAUCAUCAGAUUUUAUGCCAGAAAAUCACUGGAUUUUCGUGUAUCCGUCCAACGUGAUGGUGUCAUCGAGAGUAAAGCUAAAAAUAUUCCACAAGCCAAUCUGAAAGCUGAAACUAAUGAAUUUAUUAUGCCAGUCAAUGUGCCUACAAAAGAGGAAUGGGUACCUAAUGAUAAGGCAAGAGAAUGCAGUUGCUGCAGAGCUGUCAUAUUUUCCAUGUUCAACAGACGACACCACUGCAGACGAUGCGGCCGCGUUGUUUGCGCCGUGUGCUCUCAGCAUCGCAUGCAGGUCGCCGGCUACCCAAACACCGUGUUCGUACGAGUGUGCGACGAUUGCAAGCGUCAAACAGUGUUGCAGAUGCGCACGAUGCAAAGUGCCUCGUCGACGACUAAUAGCGAAACGUUCGACGGUUGGCGAUUGACCAGGGAUGAGAGGCACAAUCGCGCCAUAAGGGAGGAGUUCUCCUUCGAGUACGCCCCGAAUAUCUCGUUGUGCCUGGCUAUCCUUAAUUUGCACUCCGAUCACAAGAUGUACACCAGUUUCUUACUGGAUCGUUGUGACGAGAUGAAGCGGCUGCUUUUACCCGUCAGCGGUGGCAGGAUAAAUCCCGAGGUCGAUCACGCUCUAAUCAUCAAGAUGAUACGUUCUCUCUUGAUCGCGGCCAAGGUGAAGUGCGCAAAACUCGGCUUCAACACCGGUCUCACGCAUUGCGAUCGAUUCCUUUCGCAAGUGGACCUCAUCGCAACUCUAGUCCAGUCCGAUUGCCUGACCCUGAUACCGACGAGCGAUCUAGACGAGCACACGUUGAGAAAGUUGCGCGAUCUUCUCACGGAGAAAGAACAAUGGACACUGGCAUUGAACGUCAGUACGAAAGCGGGACUGGACACGCAGGGAGUUUGGGCAGCCUGGGGCAAGGCUUGUCUGAAAGUGGGACAUCUAGAUCAGGCGAGGGAGAAGUUUCAUCACUGCCUCGACAAAAUCGCGUACGAGACUUUGGACGAGGACUGGGUCGUGUUAGCUUCUUCCAAAGAGUUGGCGGAUGGUACGACCGUUCAGCUGAAGAGAAACGAAGUCGCAGAAGAGGGUGACGGUUCUGGGAAGAGAAGGAAAGAAUACUCCAAGUGUCGGCCCGCGAAGGAUCCACCGUUGUUGACGGAACUUCUGCAGAUAUUGGACAACUUGAAUGUACAUAGAUUCCGAAUACAGCAGUCCACGCCCCAAUCUAUGCCCGCCAAUACGAGCCAAGAGAUCUUUCACACGCUGAACAAUCUCAAAGCUCUCAGCCAAAAUCAAUUUAAUACGAAACACUUGGCGCCUGCCAAUCUGACGGUGCACUAUCAGGAAAGUUUGUAUUAUCUGUUGACGUAUGGAAGCUACGGCUCGAUUUUGCAAUUUUUUCUGAAGCAUCAGGAGUUCGACGAAUGCCUGGCGUAUAUCUUGGAGAACGAUUUGGAAUGCGAUUUAUUUCUCAACGAGGUUUAUUUAUAUUGUUUGAAGAACGGCGAGUCCGAUAAGCUUCACGAAGCGAUGAAGGCGAAGGAUCCCACUUUGGUGAUAUGGAAGAAGUAUUUGAUAUUCACUUGUCAUUUCAUGGAAAGGAAGCAAUACUGGCAUAUUUUGUAUCAGAUUCAACUCUUCAUGAAGGACCGCGUGAGAGCAUCGAUGACGUGUAUCCAUCUUUACACCAGCGAGGUGAAUUCAUAUUUAGACUUGCACAACAGGAUACAUCUGUUACAAGAUGCUCAGAAGCAUUUGGAGUCUGAAUUGCAACUUGAAAGUUUGGGCAAGAGGAGAAAAAGCUCCGUUCGCAGCGGCCAAAGUAUCCUGACGAUGGAGAUGGAACCGUCGGAGAUAGAUAGACACAUAAACACUAUAUGCAGACAAAUGGAGAUCACGAAAUUUCUAGCAAAUUGCGAGAGAGAGGACAGAGCUCCGAUGGAAUUUUUAAACCUCUUCCCGAACAUCGACAGCGAUGAAUCUCAGACAUUUCAACUGCCUACGUUGUUUGGCAAUCAGCAAGAGAAGAUCCAUUUAGCUGUUUUAGCUAUAUUGUGCGGUCGUGAUAUUGAAGAAGGAUUCGGUAUAGCUUUCAGGAUAAUACAAGAUUAUAAUCUUCCACAACAAAAGAUGUACUCUCUGGCUGGCCACGUAUUAGCUUUAAAGAAUGACGUAUCCGCGAUCGAGCAAUUGAUCAAAUGCUGUCGCAGUUCUGGAGUGCCUAAUGCACACGUGAUUUCCGAUCAUGUUUUGACACAUUGUAUGAAAUUAUUGUCGAAUCAUUUGUACAAUGAGCAGAAUCCGAGUCUAAAGAGUCGUAUAGAUACUUUAAUUGAAUUGGUAAUCGACACAACGCUUAGGAUAAAUGCUUACAUUGAAAGCAAGCAACUGAAGGCUGCGUAUCUUCUUGCUGUUAAACAUUCUCGAGAGCAAGAUAUAAAAAGAAUCCUGAAAGAAUCAGAUAGACUUGGCCAAAAUACAAUUAAAGCAAUAUGCCUUAAAUGGUUACAACAGAAACCAAAGAAAUAAGCUUCCAAAUCUAUAUAUAUUUUGAAAAAAAAAAUUAAGAAUGAAACAAUGUAUAUAACUUUAAGACUGGGAUAGAGAAGAAUUAUUCAUUAAAAUAUUUUAUAAAUAAUA